CUCGCAAAAACUCAACAUAACCCUAGAAAAGUAGAGAUAAAUUAAAAGCACAUCAGAUUUGUGUAAAAUAAGAGGGAGUGCACGUUUUAUUAAUAGUUUUUGGAGAUAAUAUAUUUAGUUCCCGAAGCCGCAGCCAGACAGGACGGAAUCGGACGCGGCAGUUGCCAUACCGAAACCAAUGUGAGGCAGAAAACCGCCGACUUUUUCCUCAAUUUUUGUGAUUAUUCUUCCUUCCCUGAUGUGAGGGUCGGGUGGCGGGUGCAGGAGGUCCACACUCUUACCUCGGGAGGGCGGCAAGCGCGUCAUCCAGGUCCAGGGAGACGUGAAAUAAGGUCAAAAUGGCGAAGUUGGUCGGUGUUUACGAUGAGGAGGAAGAGAUUUUAUUGGGGAGGAGACAGCUGCCCCUCAACGUCUAUGACAACAGAGUUAUGACGAUGCAGCUUGGGGAGACGUGUGAGCGCUGUGAGGUGUCUGGGGGAGGCUCAGCAGCGGCAGCAGGGCGGCGGCGCUGGGAUGAGAACUUCACAAGGCAGUACACAACACUCAGCAAGGAGGAGGUGGUGGCUGCCCUCACCGUCCCAUCCAAGCUGCUCUUCACACGCCUUGCCCAGACUGUUGCGUGUGUGGGCUGCCGGCGGAGUGUUGAGCGUCUGUUCAACCAGCUGCGAGUGUCAGGCCACCCUGCGCUGGAGCCCCUGGUGGUGACCAGCUCUGGUGCCCUCACUGUGCAGAGGAAGUAUGCCAUCCAGACCCGCACAUUAGGCUCACUUUUCAGUGACCACAGCCUGUCCCUGAAUGCAAUGCUGGACAACAUUCCCAAGCUGAAGAAGUCGGGUCGCUGUGUACUGCACUCCAUGGAAGGGGUGCGGUGCCGGCCAGGGGGCCGAUCGUGGCGGGAGGUGUGGGAUGUCAUGGACACCACCUGUCGCGAGACCGUCACCUUGGUGUGCCCUGACCAGCUGCUGGCCACACUUGACAACUACCUCCGCAAGCAUCGGUUCUGCCAGGAGUGCAAGAACAAGGUCCACCGGGCUUUUGACAUCCUGGUGGGUCAGGACAGUGGUGGUGUGGAGGCGGCCAGCAAAGAGAAGGGCUUUGUGGCUGCCCUGUAUGCUGGCAUCCGGCGCUGUGAAGCCAAGGGGCACAUCCACAUCCCUGCUGACACAGAUUACGUUACCCACCUCAUCACCCGUGCUGAGCCGGAGCUGCAGGGGAGAGAGAGGCAUGCAAAGACACUGGAGAUCGCACAGGAGGAGGUGCUCACUUGCCUGGGCCUCUUCCUGUAUGAGCGGCUGCAGAAGGUCCACACUCGCCUGAGGGAGGAGGAGCAAACUUGGGACAUUCUCUUCCAUGUGGCACUGGACACUCUGCGGAGGAACUUUGAGCUGCAUGUGGAGGACAAGCAGGGCUACUCCAAGUUUGAGAUGCUAUGUGAGGAGCUGCAAAGACAGGAGCUGAGGGAGAAGGCCAAGAAGGAGAAAAAGAAGAAGAGAAAGAAGAACAAGAAGAAUGAGGAAGGAAAGGAAAACACUUGCCUGUGUGAGGAGGAGGCUGGAGGUUGCAGGGAGUGCGAAUUGAACAUGGCGUCCACUUGUCCUGGCCAGCGUGCCACACUCAUCAAUGCCACUAACAAGCAGGUUGGCCCUGAGCUGUUUUGCCGAGGAGGGACUCACCUGGGGCCACCCUUAGGCACUCCGCAUGUAGGGAAUGGCCACCUCCACCCACCGGACCAGCCAGGAGGGGGUCGGGGGGGUGGGCGAUGUGGUGGGAGUGACUGUGGGAGUGUAGGAGCCAGCGAUGCAGGGAGUGAACGUGGCAGCAGUGAAGAGAAAGAGAGCUGUGAUUCUAGCCCUGACCCCUAUCACCACCACCACCAUCAUCACCAUCACCACCAUCAUCACCAUCACCACCACAGCCACAGUUCGCCACACCCCCUAGAAUGCACUGCCUCCACAGAUUCCCUCGUUUCUAGGUGUUCACAGGGUUCUCGUGAUGGAGGUUACUGCUCAGCCCAGGGGUCAUCGCGGGACUCCUCUGAGGUGGCCUGUGGGGAGGGCCUGUGCUCCCACCACCAUGAGGACCACCUGGAGGAUCCGCACACCCCACACAUGCCCCACAACUCCCACACAGACCUGGAGCACAGUGAGGCCCUCCACCCACCACUGUCACCCUCCCUGCAGCGGUCCACUCAGCCCUUUACACUCUCUCUUCAGCAGAUGUUGGAUGACUCAAGAUGUGAAGAUGAGGAAAUCCCCGAGGCUGAGGUGCAGGCAUGGAGGGCUCGACUCGGCAUUGUCAAACAGAAGCGUGCAGAGUUGCGACAAACUCUCCGGCAACGGUUUCAGCAAUUCUGUCAUCGGGGAUGUGCUGUGGCUGUCCCAAGCUCUGGCGUUGGAGGGCAGCCCCACAUGUGCCCCCACCACACACCCAUGCCACACCACCCCAUCACCACAGCUCCCUCCACCAAUCCAUGCUAGAGAGGGAGUGAAGGUUGACUGGGAUGGGUCUGGUGUAAAUGGUGUGGGUGCUGGUCUUGCCUGGAGAAAAACUGUGCUGUGCUAGUGACUCCUGGUGGCCUGCAGUGGUGGUGUAUUGGGCUCAGGGGAAGGGAGUGAGGAGUGGGGCAAUGCUCAGCAAUGCGCACAGCUGUCACCCUUGCAGUCUGGGGUGGGGGGGAGCACUUUUGAGUUAUUUAUUUGAUUUUUUCGCAACAAGACUACAGGCCAUCUCUCUCUCUCUCUCUCUCUCUCUCUCUCUCUCUCUCUCUCUCUCUCUCUCUCUCUCUCUCUCUCUCUCUCUCUCUCUCUCUCUCUCUCUCUCUCUCUCUCUCUCUCUCUCUCUCAAGGUGGCUGAAGGAAGAUUUACCACAUGCAUGUCACAUUCUGACAAACAGGAAGGACAAUAUCUCUAAUCUUUAUUUUCCCAUGAGGAAGUACUACAUUGGUUUAUUUAUUUAUUUAUUUAUACAUUCUUAUUUAAUUUUGAUUUUUUUUUUUAGUUGGUUUUAAGUUUUGGUUCUGUGAAUGCUGCAGGAUGGAGGGUGUCUGUAGCCAAAGCCUGGAAAGAGGAGCAAAUGAUAGCCCAUCCAGCUCUUCAAAGUAUUGUUUAUUGCAGCAGGAAUUGCAAAAUCGCUCCAUUUCCCCAGGCUCUUUUUCUGAUGAAUAAGUUACAAAAAAAACAUUCCUCUAUGUUCUGUGUGGCUCAGUUGAUUGAUUUUCAUGUGUUGUGGCAUAUGUGUGUCUGUGUAAGUAGGCUGAGGUGCAGUGGAAGGCAUGCAAAGGUGAAAGAGUUACUUGAGUUGACAAAGUGGUGUGGGUGAGUGGAGAGUUGGAUGAGAAUGAGGUGCUGAUUUUAUUGUGUACUAGUAUUCUCUCUCUCUCUCUCUCUCUCUCUCUCUCUCUCUCUCUCUCUCUCUCUCUCUCUCUCUCUCUCUCUCUCUCUCUCUCUCUCUCUCUCUCUCUCUCUCUCUCUCUCUCUCUCUCUCUCUCUUUGAACAAGUGCAGGUUUUCUUUCAUCCUCAGCCUCCUCCUCCUCCCUCUUCUUGUCCCAGCAUUGCUGCUGCUGCCUGUGCAAGCCACUGUCUCACUCUGUACAAAGUCUGAUUACUUUUUCAUGCUCAGUUGUUUUCAAGUCAUUGCCAAGGUCAGUGAUUUUUCUUUUUAUUUAUUUAUCAUUUUUUUGUAGUACAAACAAAACAAGGACUUGUUAUGUAUUGACAUCAGUGUUCACUACCUUUUAAAAAUAAGGAAGGAAUUUUUUUUUAUAUCAUUUUGAGCACAAGGCUAAUGAAUUUUUAACGAUUUUUAAAUUUUUUUUAUGGGUAUACGAAGUGAGGAGUUACGUUUCUCCUGGCACGAGUCUUCUCCAGCCUUAGAAGGAGUGACAAGAGGCCUCAGCUCCCAAGGACCCAUGGAACAAGGGUGCAGUUCAUAUCAGUCUAGACGGUUAUGGUUCUACAUGGCCGCAUUGAAAAAGGAAGUCAUCAUUAUUAUCAUCAUUGUUUUUAUUGUUAUUAUUUUUUAUUAUUAUUACUACAACCAGGAGAUUUUGCCUGCACUGCUGUGGGAUACAAGACAGUUGGCUGUGUUUAUAGAGACGACCUCGUUCAGACAAGGAGGCCAGUCUAAGGUGUUGGGUCAAAGAAAUAUCAAUAUCUAAAAAUAAAGAAAUACAGAUGUGC